GAUCUAUUUAGUGGAAGAUAUUGUAUUCAAAUUUGUGAAGAGUAUAGUAGCAUACUUCAGCAAUUCAUCCAACCCGCGGGUCGCGAAAUACUGCGAAUAGAUCAGUGGGAAAAAUGAUUUAAAGAAUAGAGAUCAUAAAUCCGCUUAUGGUUGUGAUGUCCUUCAUCUCACACCGACAAAUCUCAGGCAACAAAGCACGGACAAAUACAAACCAAGCGAAAGGUAUGCGCGCUAAGGCAUCAACCAGUGAACGAAACUAUUGCAAAUUAGACCGUUCAUUCGGUGAGCCGGUACGCAACGUACAAAUCGUCAAUUCGCGAAGUCGGCGGGGAGCUAAUAUGCUAUAGUACGCUGCGGAUCCGAACCCUCCUCCGCCGACAUAGCGUAAAAAUGAGUAACAUUCGAGGGAAUUUAUAAUAGCUAAGUUUAUUCUUGGCAGAUAUCUAUUGUAGCUGGUCGCUUACGUGCGUGCGUGUGCUACGUGUUGAUAGAAACUACAGCGUGUGUACGUAGGUCGAUUACUUGAAUUUCGCUACGAGGUGGAGGUCGCGCGAGCCGAAAAGAAGUGAACAUGGGAAGGUCCAAGUUUCCCGGUAAACCGCCGAAAACGGUCACCAGGAAGCGAAUCAAGGUUCUUGGGAGACCUGAGGCGACCCAAACCGACCCCGUAACCGUCGUCGCCGCUGCCGAGAACAUCUACUACGGACUUUCCCUGUUUAAACAAACGUUCGGUGACAACGAAAAGGAACACCCCCCGUUUCAUGGCUUCAGCAGCAAAGAAGCUAAGCUUUCUGUGUGUUAUGUAAAAACACAGCAACGUGACACAGAAAUACCAACUGCCCCUGCAGGAGUAGCGGAUAAUUCAUCAAACAAUAAAGACCCUUCAUCGUGUGAUGUCAAAAAAAAAAGUAAAGAUGCCCAAGCUAGCGGAGACAGCCUGAGACAUGGUUCGUUACAGAAAAAUGACUCUGAUGGUGAUAAAAACUAUAAAACUAAUUUGGGUAAGCCGAUCUUGGAUGAGGGUAAGCGCGUUUGCAGGGUGAAAAAUCGUAGAAGUAAGCUGAUUGUCACUGAGUCUUUGAACGAGAGCAAAACACCUGUACUAAAACCUGUAAAUAAUAUUCUGGAACGGCACCAACGAACGCGACAACUACGUAAUAGUACAGCUAAAAGAUUACUGCAAAGGGCCAAGUCAGGUGGAUCUGUUAAUACUCGCAAUAGCACAGGUUCUACUGUGGAAAAAAUUGGCACAGUGCGUAAGUUUGUUUUGCCAGUGAGGAGUGUUCAUUCCUCAAGAGUCAUUAAACCAAAUAAGAGAUUCAUAGAAGAAUUAGAAGAAACCUGCAUUCCGGAAAGCAGCGAUAGUCUUAAUGAAAAACAGCACAAAAAGGCUAAAGUUUUGUCUGAUAAAACUUCAAGUUUAGAAGCUAAAGCUAGUGGGGAAGUUUCCUACACUGUGCUGAGUAAAACUGUAGAAAAGGAAAUGAAGAAAUCUAAGAAGAAUGUACAGAAUGCCACAAACAACCAGAAUGGUUUGAAUCACAGUGUGACUGGAAGAGAAAAGUCUCUACAUUCUACAUCUAAUACGCAAACAACCAAAACUAUAUCAAACGAGUCUAAAAAAUCUCAGGUUCUGAUGAACAAAAAUAAGGCUUCCGGCAAAAUUGCCCAUGCCAAUUCAAUUCCUGCACAGGAUCCUUUGCCUCAAGUAACUAAAUCAAAUAACUCCAUGAGCAACAAGCAAGUCUCCAUUCCUGUAAAAGUUCUUCCGGAUUCCAAUGCUAUUAAGUUAGAGUCUUCCAGAGUUCAGACUCGUUCUGGAUCUCUCAGUGCGGCUGUUACUUCUCCAAGCACCAAGACAGACCCACAGAUUUUCCAAAGUUCCGACGAUAAUUUCCAUACUUUGGAAAAUAGUUCCUUGCCCAUAGCUUUGGCUAAGGAAACCGCUGAAAGUGGCAGUGAUAAGAGCAUCUCGUCGGUGAACUUGCAAAGUUUUGACACAGAAAGCACUAUUUCGGAAACAGGUAGUGAACAUAGCGACAACAGCGAAGAUGAACAGUCCGAAUGGACGGGAAUGAAGUUGAAUGGGGGAAAAGUGAUCCUACGCAAAGCAAGACUGAAGUUGGACAACAGAACAUCUGGCGGAGCGGAAGGACCAUUUUCUAAUGCUAAUGUUCACAGCCAUUCCAAUGGAAGUUCUAACCCAGGUUUGGCUGGGACUGUAAAGUGUGGUGUCUGCGGAGCAGUACGUUUCUAUCGAUUUGUGAAGCAGGCCCGUAAAUUUGGGAUCCAUAGCUGCGAGUCAUGUCGUAAAUUCAUUAGUAAAAUGAUAAAACGUCAGGCUUGCGCUAAAUCUACAAGCACUACUUUACCUGUACUCCAAUGCCACAAGGGCGAUGGCCUGUGUCUGGUCCCCCCAGUUGUGAGAAGUCAACAGUGGAAUUUGAUGCGAUGUGUUUAUAAAGCCAGAUGUCCGGCAUGCUGGCUAAAAAUGUGCCUCAAGUGUUACAACAUACCCGCAGCCUUGAGAGCUGGAUUAAAUCUUCUUCUUCCAGCUUUAAUGAGGGAUCCUUUGGCCAAGUCUAUCUCUGUUCCGAUGUCAGUUUGCCAGGACGACAUUGAAGGGCAACUGCAAAGAUUGACUGGGUGCAAAAUGAGUUGGUCAUCAGAAGAAGGUAUGGAAAGGAGCUUGUUCAAGUCUGCGACGAGUUGGAACGGACUCGAUAUAUUGGGGCAUAAAACCAGUCAUCAAAACCAUGUCCCAGGAGCAUUGGGCACAUUAGAAAAAUUUGACUAUCCGAUAUCGGUUUCACCAGGUAAGAAGAGAAGGAAAGAUAAUCGGAUAAAAGUUCGAAAGAAAGUUAAAAAUCCAUCUCUGGAGACGUCAACUACCGACCAAUUCUCGCAGCCUGUUAGACAAAGACUAGAAUUGAAGGGUCCUCGUGUUAAACACGUGUGCCGAAGUGCCAGCGUAGCUCUUGGACAACCCAUAGCAACUUUUCCGUCCAGUGAUGGUAAAGAGGAUACUGCUGAACCUGAAAAGAACAUUCCUAGACCGCCAAAAGAUGAUGAAAAAGUAGAGAAUGUCCAGAAAGUUGAAGACUUUUCAAAGGAUAAAGAAGCGCUCAAUAUCCAACAGGAUGAAGUCAGUAAUACAACUAGUAACAAUAACAUACAACAGGCAUCUCAGAAAAGAGGGAAAAUACACGGACAACCAAACUUUUCGAAUAUCCAUCCGCCAGUGAUACGUUCUUUGCCUAAGCCUGUCGUUGAUGAGAUUCACACAGUAUCUAUAGAUUUCUGGGAACAGUACGAUCCGGCUGAAGUCGGAGCUAAAGGAUUUGCUCUGAUCGGUUCAGAGAGUUUUCACAUUCCCGCGAUAUGUUACCUUUGUGGCAGUGCUGGCAAAGAUCCGUUGAUACAUUGCCAAUGCUGCUGCGAGCCAUAUCAUGCGUUUUGUCUGGAGCCAAGUGAAUGGAACGCAUGUGCCCAACCAAAUUGGUGCUGUCCCCGCUGUACGAUUUGCCAAACGUGCCGACUUAGAUCGGGUCCAAAGUUGUCAUGCAUACGAUGUCGUCAGUCUUUCCAUCACUCUUGCCUUUCUAAGUCCGGUGUCAGUGCCAGACUCUACAGUCCCGACAGACCCUAUGUUUGUCAAAGUUGCAUAAAAUGCAAAAGUUGCGGAAGUGAAGGUGUCAGUGUUCACGUAGGAAACUUACCCCUGUGCUCUAUGUGCUUUAAACUCAGACAGCGUGGGAAUUACUGCCCUCUGUGCCAGAGAUGCUACGACGAAAAUGACUUUGACACUAAGAUGAUGGAAUGCAACGAAUGUUCAUGCUGGGUGCAUGCCAGAUGUGAGGGCCUUUCCGAUGAGCGCUAUGAGAUUUUGAGCUACCUGCCAGAUUCGAUAGAAUUUAAUUGUAGACAAUGCUCACCUGACCCAAAUUCUGUCUGGCGUAACGCUGUCGAGACUGAACUAAAAGCCGGUUUUAUUGGGGUAAUAAAAUCCUUGAGUAAAAAUCGUAAAGCUUGUGCUGCAUUGAAGUGGAGCCCUAGAAAAGAGUGCUUGUGCAGGCCUAUAUCCAGUGUCAGAAAACUCGACUUUUCUGAUGAAAAACUUGAGAUAUGUGUCAUUAACGGCAAGGAGGUUGUCAAUAGGUUUGAAGAGUAUGAUGACUCUAAUAGCGAGAGAUCAACGGAUGCAGAUUCCGGUGAGCAAAUCAAUUCCAAGUCUGAUAGCCAGAGCAAGUCCGAUCCGGAAAGCGACAUCCACCCCCCAGACGUUCCAAAAAGAGGAUUGAGGCGAUUACGGCAGAAAUUUCAUCUCAAAGAUUGUUCAGUGAAGGUAAAAAAUUGCCUUUCAAAGGACUGUCCAGAGGCUUCAGAAGUGAAAGAACACAAUCCCGAAAUGGAAAUGCUGCGUGGCUCUAUGACAGAAAACAAGGAGUGCCUUUGCUUAGAGCAGCAGAUCAUAGCCAGGCCUUCGCCAACUCUAAUGUCAGUAAAACGCAAGGUGAAUGGAAACGAGUAUGGAUCGUUGUUGCAAUUUCACUGCGAUAUGGAGCACGUGAUCAAUAGAGCUUCAAAUCAAGACUUGAUCGAGGCUUAUCACAAGAUCUUACGUGAGGUGUUCCCUUGGUUUGAUCCAAAGCAUUCAAGAAUCACUUCGAGCACCGGUGGCCUAUCCACGCCAACAAAAGAGUCUUACUGUAAAGAUGCUGAUAAUUCGUUGGCUAAAUUAGAUGAUUCAAUCCUGGAAACGUGGAAGGAGGAAGUUCUCAGGGCGCCUAAGGCUAUUGCCGCUAAAUCUGGCAACUUGUACCACAGCAUUAAUAUUCAGGACAGCAGAUCUUGUUGUUUGUGUAAAGGACUAGGCGACGGUCCGUCUACAAGGGAGGGACGUCUUCUGUAUUGUGGUCAGAAUGAAUGGGUUCAUGCAAAUUGCGCUCUAUGGUCUAACGAGGUAUUCGAGGAAAUUGAUGGGUCUCUCCAAAACGUUCAUAGUGCUAUAUCUAGGGGUCGAUUGAUACGAUGUACGGAAUGUGGGAAGAAAGGGGCGAGUGUCGGGUGCUGCAGUAAAAACUGUAAUGGAACUUAUCACUACCCAUGUGCAAGGAAUAUUGAACUUGCAUUCAAUGACGAUAAGACUGUUUUUUGUACCUUGCAUUUAUCCAAUUGCUUGGGUAAGACGCCACAGUCUCAAGACGAUUUUGACUUAAAAAGACCUGUCUACGUUGAGCUGGAUCGUAAGAAGAAAAAGUAUGCAGAGCCCAAUAAAGUCAAGGUCAUGAUUGGGUCCCUCACCAUCGACUGUUUGGGCGCCAUUGUCCCAGAAUAUUCGGAUUCCGUUGACAAAAUAGUCCCAAGCGACUACAAAUGCUCUAGGCUUUACUGGUCCACUGUCAACCCUCUAAAAGUCGUCAGAUACUAUGUUAGGACCUUCAUUCAAGUUUACGUACCCGAAGCACCUGUGGACACGGAACACAAUGUUACCAUUGAUCACUCAAAGGAACAAGAGCGCGAAAGAGAGAGAGAAAAGCUGGAUACCAUGCAAUUAGAAUGCAUGGCUAUAAAACAGACGAUAGAAACACUCGUUGAAUCUGUUUGCAAUAAGGAAGCUGACGAAAAUUUGGCAGAACAAAAUAAUACGGAUCUUCUGCCACCCGAACUGAAGGAAGCAAUUUUUGAAGACUUGCCACACGAUUUGUUGGACGGAAUUUCUAUGCAGGAUAUUUUUCCAAAAAUGACCUACGAAGACUUCUUAGCCAUGGAUAUGAAAACUGAUGGGGGAUUCGGAACAGAUUUAUUGAAGGACGACAUUCUGCCUACUGAAGUAGAUGAAAUAAUAAAGCCUACCGAAAAUAAAGUUUCAAAAAUGGACCCGUCAAUGCCAGAACUUGGGACUGCUAGCGACUUUUGGCUUCACUUGGAGGCCAAAAGUUAUAUGCAGGACAGUGUGGAUGAUCUGUUGAAUUCCAAAAACCAGAAAUUUGGAGGAAGAGAACUGAAGCGAUCAAAAUCAGAAGUGUUGUCAAAUAAUUCGGUAGUCAUGGGUGGUCCUAGGCAUCAUCAAAAAUCUUGUAGCUUGACAUGGAGCUACAAAUUAGAUGGAACAUACGGACCUACAAUGAUGCGAAGAAAACUCCCCAAAAAUUCCAAUUCUGGUAGAUCUGAUUCUGCAGUGACAGUUAUGGACGCUCCGACAGAGCGUACACCCAUUCUCCACGAACUUAGGAUACCGGAAAGCAUUAUGGUCACUGUAGGAAGAGCUAGUACACCCACGAUUAUUUCGGAAUCUGUCAGAGAGCUGAAGUACUGCAUAGAUGAUUCGACGGUCGCGACACGCCGUGCUUCACCUCGCGACGAAGGUAAAGAACACAAAAGACUUCUAUGGCAUGCGAGGCAGCACCCACGAAUAUUGCAGGUCGAUGGAUCAGCCGAUACCAGUAGUGCAAGUGAGUGUAGUUCUCCGGAAUAUGCCGUGGAAGAACGAGUCCCUUCUUUGCACGUUCUUGAUCCACUGCAGAUUCCCCAAGUUGAUGGGGCUUAUGACGAUUCCUCUUGCGAUUUAGACUGCAAUACUGAUCUUCACAAAUAUGCCUCGAGGUUUUCCAAAUUGAAUAGAAUAUCCAAAAGGGAUGAGAACAACGUCAAAGAGCUUGCUCUGCAUCGAGAAGAGUUGGUUAAUCAGAAUGACAGAGUUCCAUUCCAAAUCCCGCAGCUGGAUGGAGCUGACGAUAUCUCGAGCGACGAUGAAUGCUUAUCCCCGGGCUUACAGGCUACAGAUGAUCUCGGAAUGAAUCUAAUUACAAAGUACCUGCCAAUCACUGAUCCUGUGGAUCAGCCUGUAACUUGUAAGAGAUGCCAAUGCACUUACAGAACCCAGGACAGCUACAACAGGCAUCUCGUCACCUGUGACAUCAUGACAACUAGUGAUAGUGAUUCUGAAAUAAUGGACAACAAACUCGCAUCGCCAGACUCAAGGUUUUCACCAAGUAUGGGAUCUUCCAUUGGGUCGCCACAGUUUAUUACUAUGUCUCCCUCUGAGGGACAUACUUUGUCAUCUGAAUAUUCCGAUAUCCAAGCUACCUCACCCAUCGAAGCUUCUAUCCCUUCGCCUCAUCCCGGAAUUCAAAUUGAACCAAUUGCCCAGGCUAUAAUGACGCCCCAGAUUCAUACACAUGCAACGGUAGAAACUGUUCAUCAAACAGUAUUAACGUCAAAUGACAUGAUCGUGCAGACUCAGUAUACAAGGACUACAACAACGUUACCAAACACAACAGUAUUACCGCAACAGCAGCAAGAGACCACUGUUCAAAUAACAGAAAUCACAGAUCCUCCAAUAAUCUCGAACGAAUCCACUCAUAGUAUUACUCAAAGUGCAAUAAACGUGCUACCGAUAUCACCGGACAGCACAAGUUCGCAGACCAUUCCGAGCCCGCAAAUCUCACCCACAUUCUUGUCCACCGGGGUUCAGACCAAUACCAACGAGGCAGGGCUUGCUUCGGGUAUCCACCAAACGAAGACAAAUAAGCCUAGAUCUCCCAGAACCCCGAAACCCAGAGCAAAAGGCAUCAAGCCUAAUUUUCUACGAGCUGCGAAUUUACCUCAAUCUGGCCAUGUAAGAUAUCAAACAGUACAGAAUACUGCUCCAAUAAUCCAACUGCAGCAAGCUCAAAGAGCCACGGGUCCAACAGUAAUUUUACAGCAGGUUCCACAACCAAAUUUGAUGUCUGCAUAUGUAGAAGCUCUGCAACAGCAGUCUGGCCAGAAUUUGCAGUACGUAGCUACAAUUGGGGGACAACACGAAACGAGUUUCAAACCACAAUAUAUAGCCGCGAAUCCGUUGGUCCCUGGCACGUACAUCCAGGCGUCAUCGGACAACUUGUUGACACUGCAAAACGGCGGAAUAUCAGUAUUACCGAGCGUGCAAAUCGCUCAACCGCAGCCGACCGUUUUGGGUACAAUUAUCCAGCAGCAACCAGGGGCCAUACAAUGCGGUGUAAUAUCUUCUGAGCAGUUGGUCCUCAGCUCGGCACCUGCAUUAGAAAUGUUUACUGAUUCAACUGGGAGCAUGUUUGUCUCUAGCCAGCCAAUGUAUUACGGACUUGAGACCAUAGUCAGCAACACAGUCAUGUCUUCUAGUCAGUUUGUGGCAGGGGCUGUUCCCCAGGUGCUAGCCAGCAGCUACCAAACCACUACGCAAGUGUUUCAAGCCUCAAAGCUCAUGGAGCCCAUCGUAGAUGUUCAAACUGUCACAAAUGUUCCAACCGUUCCAUCCGUUCAAACCGUUCAAGGUGUGCCGGCAGUACCUGGAGGCUACGUAGUUGUGAAUCAACCUGCACCGCAGAUAGCAGAGCCAACUAAUCCACAGAUAACUAUUCCCGCUACUCCAGAACAGGCUUCGUUUGCUUCCUCAAAUUCACCAGCCCCUUGCAUACAGAUAACAGAGCCCGUCAGGUCGAUUCCGGUUCCUCAGGUGCAACCUAUUGUCUCUAGCAGUGUUUCCCCUCGGGAAAUGAUGUCCCCGUGUAAACCACCACACCAACAACAGCAGCAACCUCCCACUACUAUACCAAGGGUUGCUGUGCGGCCCAGUCCCAUGUCACAUGUCUCUGGGCAACCCCUUCAAAAUCUUCAAUCCAUGCAACCUCCUCAUCAGGGUCCCUGGAGAAUUACAGAGCCACUUUUUGCAUCUGAACAACCAAUCAGCAAUAGUGUGCGACCUUAUUUCGACUCUAAACAUGUGUCAGAAAAUACCAGCAUGAUCAAGUCAAGCAUAUCAUCGCAAAUGCCGCCUUUGUCCAGCCACUGCAUACCGCAGAGAAAUAAUAAUAUUAUUGUAAAUAAAGUGAAUCACAAUGAUGUAAAUAAUGUGCAUAAUAACUACGUUAAUCCAAUUUCAAAUGACAGUGGUAGUAAUUGUAAUAUUAAUAAUAGUUCUAAUUGUAGUAGUAAUAGUAACAAUAUUAAUAGUGGCAACACUAGCAACUUAAACCCGGUUAAUAACAUAAACGUGUGCGCGUCUAAUAAGAUUACAAUGCCAGUGAGCAACGUGCCCACAAGUAGACCGAUGAAUCGUGUGCUCCCAAUGCAGGCAAUUACUUCGAGACCCGAGCCAGAGAAAUGUGUGGAAAAACCAGAUCAAGUUACCGAAGAACCAACAAAGCCAGUUGAGAACUCAAUAGACAGAGAUAGCGGGAUUGUUGAGCCCAUUAAAAAACCAGUGGAUGUCACAAAUGAUUUAGAGGUAAGCACAGCUGGUGAUAUGAUAAAGCUGGAUAUCGAGACAAUAGACGUAGUCAAGGAAAGCUUAAAAAUGGAACUGGAUAAAGACAUGCUACAGAAUAAGUCUUUGAAAAUUGUUUUUCAAAAACAAUUACAGGACGGAUCUUACAAGAUUACACAGAACAUGAAGAAUGUAUCGCAAACCAAGAAGACUCCGCAAAUUACCUCUGUUGAAGUUCUGUCCCCGAGAGAUGCUGCAAAACUUACUUCAUUGCAACUUUCACCGCUUAAAACUUUUGCAUUAAAGUCUACUAAAAUAGAUGGAAAGCCAAAAUCUUUUGAUGUCAAAAUGACACUACCAAAAUCCAGAACUCCUCCUAUUGCAGUAAAGAAACCAAGAAUAGUUUCAAAGAUUUUGAAGUGCCAGAAAACCAACCCACCGAAAUUGACGGUCAAGAAGUCCAUCUCAAAACGACCCAGUAUGAUGUACGAAAUCAAAUCACAAGAUGGUUUUACACAUACAGCUUCAUCGAUGUCUGAAGUAUGGGACAAGGUAUUUGAAGCAGUUCAAACGGCGAGAAGAGCCCACAACUUGCCCCCAUUGCCUCACAAUCCACUGACGGAAAAUCUUGGACUAGAAAACAAUGCAACGGUUUACCUGGUUGAACAGCUACCAGGUGUAAACAGGUGUACAAAGUAUAAGCCAAGAUUGCAUAAUCUGACACCACCAAAACCUGGAGAGUUGGAAAAUGAUUUGCUAGCAGAAUGCGAGAGUGGAGCUGCAAGGGCAGAGUCUUUUAAAGGGAGGAAGGUCCAUGACAUGUUCAGCUGGCUUGCCUCGAGGCAUCGCCAGCAGCCUAAGAUGAUUGCUAUUACCGAAAACGAGUCGAGGAGAGCUGCCAGCACAAACUUACCUAUGGCUAUGAGAUUCAGAAACCUCAAAGAGACAUCAAAGCAGUCGGUUGGCGUUUACCAUUCCCACAUUCACGGGAGAGGUUUGUUCUGCUUGCGGGAUAUUGAGUCUGGUGAAAUGGUCAUUGAAUAUGCGGGAGAGGUCAUUCGAGCAUCAUUGACGGAUAAGCGUGAAAAGUACUACGACAGCAAAAAUAUCGGCUGUUAUAUGUUCAAAAUUGACGACCAUCUGGUGGUGGACGCCACCAUGAAAGGAAAUGCAGCUCGCUUCAUCAACCAUUCUUGUGAGCCAAAUUGCUAUUCCCGAGUGGUUGACAUCUUGGGUAAGAAACAUAUUCUGAUCUUUGCAUUGCGUCGCAUCAUGCAAGGAGAAGAACUUACCUACGACUACAAAUUUCCGUUUGAGGACAUCAAAAUUCCAUGCACUUGUGGUUCGCGGAGAUGUCGGAAAUACCUCAACUGAGAAGCACGUACCUGAUCGCUGCUGUGGGCGGCAAGAACCAUUCGCAAGUCACAAGAGUAUCGUGCAAGGCUUGAAGUAUAUCGUAACAAGGUCAGCUUUUAUCGACCGUACAACUUUUUAGUUUUAAAUUAUCAAGAAAAUCGCAAACGAAAAACAAAACAAGACAAAUCGAAGAAUGCAGCUUUUAAUUUAAAAAUUCUACAAUUCACAGUAGAGAACAAACGGAGUAAUUUAGUUGAAAUAUUAGCAGGCCAGACGAUGUAUCCCAGACGCGGCGUUGUUGAGUCGUAUUAGUUUCUCUCUUCAUUUCUUUCAAUGACUACGCUUAGUAAAUAAUUUAACAAAUAUAGCAAUAGCAAUAAUCGAUUACAUAUGUCUUUGGCUUGCUUCGCGCUUGAAAAGUUAAUCAACUAUCAGUUUAACUACUGUUUGGAUACGCUUUACACAUGCCUCUGCCAUAACACGCAACUGAUGCUCGUAACAAAGGGUAACCCACUCGCCGACAACUAUUCUACAUUCAAUCCGACCCAUCCGUGUGAGCCGAUUAUUUUCUCCCGUAUGUUAGAUUGCAUUUUGUAUCGUCUCCAAUUUUUUGCGUGCAAAAUUUAAACGCAAUUUGAACGAAGUGUCAACUUUGCUACGAGCUCUGUAAAUUUUCUAUACCUACCAGCUCGAAAGUUACGUUUAAAAGCUUUCAUGUAAGAUAUGUAAUUGUCGAACCACACUUCGUCUCCACAUAAGCAAGUACCCAGUUUAUCGUAAGAUAGGAUCGUAGGCAUUAAGGAGAGAGAUUGAGAAUGGCAAGAAAGGAUGAUCUUUAUCGAUAAAGUUCAUCCGAAGGUACGUCUACUUUGGCAGCAAUACGCAAAGGUAUUCAUAACUCCAAUUUACGCUCAUUCGACGAAGUCGUACUCUUCCGCCAUUAGAAAGUAUGUGCCUAACGAGACAACAACGCCCGACACUCGCGAAGACGUUUAUUAAACGAACAAUUGCUUGAAAAAUUAGAUUAUGUUUGAAUUGUAGAACGAUAGAACAGUCUUCUUUCUACCCAACAAUCAUGUUUGAAAUUAUUUUAAUUGUAAAUUUUUAUCUACGGGUACGCUUUAGGCCCCUAAUAUUAUUUAUUAAAUUUACGUUAUUUAUAUUACUAUAUACAAUAUACAACGCAGAUCUUGAGCUUUACUAGAAAAAAAAAAUCAACUUUUGUUUUAACUGCCUGCUUGAGUGGACGUGCCUUAUUUUGGUGCUCUAUGGACACCGUCAAGUGCACUUUUCAUGAAAAUAUAAAAAAAAAAUAAAGAUAAAAAAUGGCCUAGAGUAAGAGAUAGUAGAUUGAAGCAAAGUGUUUGAUAAUAAUGAAAAUAACGUUAUACGAAGAAUAUUAAUUGCGCAUUAUUUAAGCCGAGGAAUAAAACAAACAUAAAUGAUGGCAGGAACAUUAUUUGAACACGCGUUAGUCAAAUGUGUUACAUUUUUGAUCGGCCUGGUUUGGUACAAAAUAAGUAUGAGUUGUAAAAAGUUGUAAAAUGGGGGGGAAAAAAUGGAAACUUGUUCUGGUCAUAAGAAAUUGCCAUUUUAAAAAAAAUUAUUUUGAAUCUUUUGUUUGGUCGUUUUUCUUUAUUUUUUUAAUUCUUUUAUUUUAACAAUAUACAUCACAUACACUGUAUAGGUAUAUAUUAUUCUUUUCGUCCUUCCAUUACUCUAUUUAUUUUUUUUAUAUUGUUUUUUUUUUUCUAUACUCGUUUCAACUCUGUAUAAUUACCGAUAUAACAAUUACAAUUAUUAUCCGAAGAUGAAUAUUGUUAAUAUAAUGAUAAUUAAUUUUAAUCUGUAAAGACAAUUGAUACAAGAUAAGAGAGGUAAUAAUUUUACUUGAAAAUAUAAUAGCAAUGUUAGAUAUUUUAUUGAUAUUUAUUGAUCACAAAGAACGGUUUUAAGAUCGGAGAUAAAAAAAAAAAUAAUAAUAAUAGUAGUAAUAAUAAUAACAAUAAUGAUAAAAGUAAUUACAACAGUAAUAGUAACGAUAGUAAGAUUAAUAUUAAUCAUACAUUUUGGGAAACAUUAGGAAGGGUACGCAAGAUGGGUCUGUGAGCUGAGCUGUUGAGCAGAAUUUGUUUUCUCUUGGGAUAUAUUUGUAUAUAUGUAUUUUUUUUUUUUUUUUUCAAUUGUAUUUUUUAUCGCAACGUAUUUUGCCUAUCACCUAUUCGCGUGUUUCCGAAUCGACUCGUAUCUUUAGAUACGCACUACACAGUUACGUUUACUUAUAAGUAUAUAGGGCUUAUAUUUCUAACAUUUUUAUAUUUUAAGCAUGCUAGAAUCUAUUAACAAACUAUAAUCUUGUUCACAAAAUAUUAUGGAAUUUCUACCAAAUGCAUUAUACAUGAGUAAUUUGUAACAACGCGAGAGGUAUGCCAUGUCGACUUCGAGUCAAUUUCCUGUCGACCGAGUGACUCGGUCGUUAAUAAUUAUUAACCACGUUUGCCGUCCCACAAUCACCAGUGAAAUUUGAUACCCCCGGCGUUCAACGUACGGGACGAUAAAUAUUAUAAAUAAUUCGCCCUCGCAUAAUCGGAACCUCUCGUGUACUUACGAUUGAAUUAUUUCUAUCAAUGUUUCAUCGAUUUUGGAAAAAAUAUUCUACAAAAAACCAACUAUUUUCGUCGAAUCAUACUCAAUUACUUUCGAGGAUAGCAGAUGGUUUCUCGCCCCUUUUCUGUCCUCUGUAUUUUCUUUUAUAAGGUUGAAGCUGUCCAGAGACAUGCGAAAUUAAGGGUCUAUUAUUUUCGCCUGGUAAGAUACUUUUUUCCGUUUCGAGCGUUCUGGCUUGCGUACGACACAGCCCCGUGCACGGGUGAAACCCUUCCUCGUGGCAUUGCGUACCAUCCCUUUCAUUGCGGUAAAUAAUAAUUAAUAAUAUCUACGUGUAAACAGUUUUAAUGAAUUUAAGAAACGAACUGCGGCGUAUCACCUUUGGCGCACACGACACUAGUGUUAAUUACUUGGCACCACCCACUAAAGCACCGCUUAUUUUAAACCUCCCCAACCCCCACCCGUAACUGAUAACCCAGCACCCUCGUCAGGAGUUUGAACACCUUGUACCGCUUAAUUAUAGACGCAAGAUAGAGGUAUAUCUGUUUCACAAUAGAGUAGAGACGACUAAUAAACUAAAAUUGUGAAUUUCAAGAGAAUGAAAACUAAAAAAACGAAUAACGAGCAAAAUACAACGCAAGAAAUUAUAAAUUAAAUGAUGCGACACACUUCGAAACAAAAAUUGAAAACGAAAAAAAUGAAAAAAAAAUCAUGUGUAAACGUAAUAUUAUUAUUAAUUGUAUAAUACUUGAGGGGGAGGGGGAAAUGAAAUUUUUCAUGUCGUAAUUGUGGCGUGAAUUGAGGGGGGUUGAGAGUAUUUGCAAAAAAAAAAAAAACUAAAACUAAAACCGAUGACGAAUUGAUAAUAAUAAUAUUAUGAUAACACAACAACUACACACGCAAGCAACUAAUAAUAUUAUAUCGAGGUGGAAGGAAUAAUAUGAAAAUGGAAAAAAGAAAUUGUCUGUGAUUAUCAGUCAUAAUAAUCUUUAGGUCAACAUAUUUUUUAGAAAAUAUUUUUUAGAAAAAAUUACAAAAUUUAUAAUAUACCCUUAUUAUUGAUAUAAUAAUAUGAUAUGAUAUUGGAUCAAAACGUGCUACGCAUAAUAUUACAUUGAAAUAAAAAUGAAAAAUAAAAAAAAAUGAAAUUUUUAAUUGUAAUAGUUGCGAAAUGUUUAAUAGAGUUAUGACUAGUUGAAGUCAAUAGCUGUUGUAAAAUAUUCAGUGUUUUGGAUAAACAAACUAUAAUGUUAUAGGUAUACAUAUACACGAUAUACAUAUACAUAAGUAUACAUACAUAAUAUUGUACGACACGGUGAAUGAAAAAAAAUAUACAAAAAACGAAAAAAAAAAACCAAUUGAAAAAAUUAAAUAAGGUAAGAAUGAACGUACGAUACGUACGAAGAAUCUGAAAGAAAUUGAAAGAGCACAGAGCUAUUUAUAAAUAAUGAGAAAAAAAAAAAAAAAUCAAUCAUUGUCUAAACGAGGCAUAAUUAUUAAAACUGUACGCUAUUGCGAAUUUAUUAUUAGAUAUUUUUAUCGAACUUAUUCGCGUCAUCUACGCGUAUCGUGAAAAUUAGAUUCAUUGGACUAUAAUAAUCACUUAUCUUAGUGGUUUUAUUUUACGAUUCAAUCGUAUCGUUUCGUCGUACAGUUGCCGACCGUUACGAAUAUACGCAUGCACGUUUUGUGUAUAAAUUACGUGAAUUUAUAAAUGGAACGACGAUGAUUAAAAAAAGGGUGACUUACAACUAAUAUCGAACGGAAUAAAGAAGAAGAGAACGAAAAAAAAAAAAGAAAAGAGGUCGCCUUUUGCCCAAGACUUUUUCAAUGUUUGAAUAAUCGAUUAAUUAUACUUGCCCGCUAAAAGAGAUUUGAAUAUAGAUUGUACAUGCAUACCUAGAGAAAAGUGAAAGAAAAUGAAUCAUUCAUUAUUAUUAUUAUUAUUAUCAUUAUUAUUAUUAUCAUUAUUAUUAUUAUUAUACAUAGAAAAAAUAUGUAAAAAAAAAAAAGAAAAUAACCAUCCAUUAACCAGAAGAUAUUGUGCAUAUCGCAUGUUAUAGAAAAGAGACACACAUACCUAUAGGUAGUCGCUUGAUAUUUCGACAUUACAAAAUACAAUCGGACACAAAUACACGAAACCACCGCCACCACACUUACACAUAAACACACAUACACACACACACACACGUGAUGUUUUUGUAAUUAAAUGUUUUGUUAGUAUUAUAUAAUAUGAGAAAUUAACAAAAUAAAAACGAAAAUUGAACUACGAA